AUGAGUGAGAACUCCUUGAAAGGGAAAACUCCCACCGAAGAUGAGGAUUUCAAAUUUUGUGUAGCCCAGCUCUUCGCCAAAAAAGACCAGAAGUUCUACGGAAGAAGAAUUAUGCGAUUACCAGAAAGAUGGCAAAAGAUAAUUGAACAAAUUGUGCUUGGAAGAAUUUCGUCAAGUACGGGGAUAGAAAAAUCAUUUAGUUUCAAUGGGAACAAGCAAAAGGAGAGAAGAAUUUCGGACACAUUCUACACUGACCAAUCUAUGGAUAUUGAUCGACAAAGGAUAAGAAAAAAUGGAGAGAUGACCAAAAAAGUGGAGAAAACUACAAUAGAACGAAAUUCGAGAGACAUGAGGGAAUGA